AUGGAACUAGAAAAAGAGAAUCGAGAAGCGUAUGCAGAACGGUUGAAAGCAGUUAGCAUCCUUGGUAUCUCAAUUGGAGUUGUCUCGAUUUUCUGUGUGAUCAUCUCGUGUCCUCUACUGAUUUCCCAUCUUCAACGUGCCCAUUCAACGCUUUCUUCUGAACUUUCAUUCUGUCAAUCACAAUCUUCUGAAUUGAUUGUCGAAUUGUCUAUCUAUGAAGAGCGAAUCGGUCAACCAGAACGACGAGCAAAACGCGCAUCUCGACGCGCGUCAAUCAAUGGAGGACAUUACUCAAAUAAACAAUUCGAUUACACCCAUGAGCAAGGAAAUCAAUACGGCAUCCCUCGUUCGAUGCAAUCGCCCACCGGGAACACGGUGGCUCAAGUUGGCUCAUACGGUGUUUCGACAGAUCCCGCCCGGCAAACUUGUUCUUGUUCAAUUGGAGAAGCUGGCCUACCCGGGCAACCCGGUCAACCUGGACAGCCUGGCCCUGAUGGAUCCCCUGGAGAAGAUGGACAACCCGGCCCUGAUGCUGUUGAAGGAGUUUCACUGAAGGAACAAGAAUGGUGCUUUGAUUGUGCUGAGGCUGAGUCGGGUCUUCCUGGAGCGAUUGGAGACCAAGGACCACCAGGGAAACAGGGAUGCGCUGGGCAACCGGGUACACACGGACAACCAGGAGAGCCUGGAGUACAAGGAGGAGUCGGUCGAAAGGGUCCACUAGGUGCGCCAGGUCCUCAGGGUCCGCCCGGUCGACCGGGUGACAUCAUUGAGACAGCCGGGGCACUUGGAUCGAUUGGUGUACCGGGAAUCGAUGGAGCCGCUGGGCCGGACGGAACUCCCGGACUGCCUGGAAAGAAUGGAAUCGAUGGGCCACCAGGAGACAAGGGUGACUUGGGUCGCUCUGGUGACGCGGGUCGUGACGGUUUGCCGGGAGAAGUGGGCAAACCGGGUGAUGGUGGAUUACCUGGGACAUGUGAUCAUUGCAAUAGGAAGGCUCCUGCUGCACCUACGGGUUCCUAUCCAGCUCACGGUGCUCGGACCGAGUCCAACUACAAGAGAGGAACGAUUCCAAAUGCAAAGUUCCCACAACGACAACGCCGUCAACGUCAAUCAAGAGCCGAAACAAUGGGA